GGUGCCUAAAGCAGCCCCGCUCCCGGCGGGAAGCGGGUGAAGCCGGCAGGGGCUGGCAUCCAAGGGACUGCGCCCUCCUGCCCCGAUCCUUGCCUCGGGAGUGCCCCUGGAGCUGCCCUCCAGCCGCACGCUCUGAGGGACCUUGCUUCUCUCUGGGAACUUUAAUCCCUAAACCAGUUUUAAAAUCUGGGGGCAAGGGGUAGUUGCCAGAUGAGGAUGAAUGGCUGAGAAGGAAUACUGUAAUUGGAUCUGUCUUGGAAGAAACAAGUUUAUUUGUUCCUGUUGGUUUGGUUUUCAGUUGGUUUGGGCGGUUGUUUUUUUAAUUAGGGUACAUUUUUUGCUUUCCUCUGUUUGGCUUUCAGACUUCUGACUGGUAAAAGGGAAGUGAGGAAGCACUCACUCACUUCAGAAAGAUGAGUUCAUCCAGAGAUGGAAUAUGUAAUAUUUCCUUUUAGGGGUUCAUUGAUUGUUAGUGACUUACUCAGUUUCCUAGAAAAAAGGAUGCAGUAAUCUUUCAAGUAAAAAUCUCCUUAGCUAGUAAGUCUGUAGUAACAUUUUGGAUCUGAAAUCAGGAGAAUCCAAGAAGUAGGAAAGAAGCUAAGCCAAUGCUGGGAUUCGUGUGCUUGGAAACUUGGACAUUGAACUCCCCAGCAGCUCUUGCGCAGGCAAGUAGCACAGAGUGAACCUGAAGCAGUUCCCCUCUGAAACAGGGGAAGAAAUCAAUUUCAUAAGAAUUGUCCAAAUACAGGCAGCAGCAAGUGGGGAAAAGGCAAAACUAGAGUUUUCCCCUCUUCCCUCUGUGCUUAUUGGCAUGCCAUACUUAGUUGCUGUUCUUAACUGUCUUCAUUAUUAUUACAGUGACAUACUCCAAAAAGUGUUUUUGUUUGUGUUCCUUCAAAGAAGGACACUGUAAAACAGCAAAAAUUUAUUGUGCCACAACUUCCCUCCAGAGUUGCCACUGGUAAGGCUGAUAGAUAAUUCACCAGUAAUGAAAAAAAGGUUUACUGUCAGGAAAACAUUUCAAGAGCAAGUCUCAUCCGGUUUUGCCAGGUGAUUAUUUUUUUGGUGGUGGUGGUGUCAUGGGGGUUUCUUUCUUAAAAGACCAGUGGGAAAGAGAAAAGACAUAAGAGGAGGCAUUACAGAUACCAGACAAAGGAUUCAAAUUGUCUCUGAUAAAUAAGAGAAGUAGUCCUACAUAAAUAAGUCAAAAUAUCAUAGAAAUAUGGACAAGGGGUUUUUUUCACAAUGAGAAAUAUAGUGACAUUAAAAUUAAUUUAAAAAUAAAUUACAUGCUGCUCUUUCUUUAAAGAAAAAAACAUCAAAUAAUCUGGCAGGCCCUAGCAGACAAAAAGAACCAAGAGUAAAGGAGGUACAUAGAGAUGUUAUGGACAUUUGUGUAUUUAUAUAGAUUUUUGUUCUUUUUUAUUUCUGCUUGGUUUGAUGAGACCUCUGAGAAUCUUGACCACAGAAAGUCUGUGCAAACAGACAGAAGUGCACAGAGAAUUAAGAAGCUUGAUAAGGGCUGAGAAAAAUGAUCUAUGACAAAAGACUGAAUUAGGCUUGUUUAUCUAGUAGGAAAAGCACUAAGGGCAAAAUGUUGAACAUUUCAAAUAUAUCUUUUUAUCCAAGUAUUAUUGCUGAGGAUAUUAUUCCAGAUGUCAGUGUUUCUUUGUUUUGUGACAGAACUCAGUCAUGACUUUUCAUGUUGCAUAAGUUGGGUUCCAAAGAUGUGGAUGAAUAGUUGGUUCACCAAAUCCAACAAAGGACAAAAGAAAAUCAAUGUAACUGACUAUGCAAAAAUCUUGGGAAAUAUUCAGAAUUUUCUUACUCUUCAGGUAAAGAAUUUCUAGGCUACCCAAAAAAAUCCCACCUCUGUAUAAUCUCCAGGACUUUUGUUGAAGUUGGAUGAACAGCUAUAAGUGAUGGCUGUGUUUCCUUCAGCUGGCCUCUAUGUAAGUGGUUUGACUAGGGAUCUGCUGAAGUUCUCUCCAGCCCUACAUUUCAACAGAUGAGGAAUGAAGAAGUCAGUCUAAAGGGUUCCAUUACCCUUAAAAAUUUAUUCAUGUAACAGUGUUAUGCAAAGCUCGUUCCCUCCUGGACUUCUCUCCUUAUUGAUGAUGGUCUUCUUGUACUCAUCUUCAUAACAAAAGAGAUAAAGAUAAAUAGAUAAAGACAGAACUAUAUGCAGAAAAUGAAGUGGUCUUUGAUCAGAGUAUGUAGAGGCAGGACAAGUCACAGAACAAAGGCAAAUCAUUAAAAGAUACGUUUUCCCAAGUUUCCCUCUUCACCAGUCUCUUUUAUCCUCCUUUGUUCUUGCAACAAUAAUGUCCAACAUUUCUUAGUAGACUCCCCCCUAAUUUAGAUACUCUUUUCUAUUAGUUUAUCUUAUCCAGAAUGUAAGCAUGUUUGCUUGAAUUCUAGCUGAAGUGGCUAUAACAUGGAGGAGAUGAGAUUUCCUAUGAAAUGACCUUUCCUUGUCUACAAUCUGUACAUAACCCAUCUUCAUUAAGAAGUUGACCAAGAAUUCAAUAUAUAGGGAAGUGUGUCUUAGACAUUUACAGAAUAUUAACCUUAGAUAACCAGCAUGGCUCCAAAAUCCAUAAGAAUAUAUGUGAUCACCAUUUUCUUUUUAUCUUGCACUGUACUUAAAAAGGUCCAAAAAUGGAUGCCAAAUUGCUGAAAUUAUUAACACCCAUAAAAUUGUAUUUGAAAAGAGAUUUAUUGCAAGAAUUUUUAGGUCCUACACAUAGUCUUAAUCUUUUACCAAGACAGGAACAGGCAAUUUUGAACUUUUACAUUAAAACUGUAUGAAAACACUUGUUUUAGCACUACCAUGGUCAAAUUCAUCUCUCUCCCUGUCACUAGCAAAAUUAGAAUGAACUUGGAAACUUCUAUGGUUCUUAAUUUUUUGAGAUGUUUUUCUUCUACUGUUCAUACUUUGACAUAAUCAAACAAAUAAUGAUACCCUAUAUUUACUUUUUACCAGAGUUGCCAAAGCAUCAUGUAUAAUAAAUAUUUUCCUUUAUAAGUUGACAAUGAUUCUGCUGAUCGUGGAUACAUCAUUGAAGUUUACAUUUGCCACUAAAUAUUUGUGGAUCAGUGUUUGUAACUCUAUAAAUCUUACAACGUGCUGUUUGAGAAAAGGCCUAUAUCAAAAUGUCUCUUUCUACAGCAGUCAGUUUAAGAUUUUGAGUGGUAACUUCUUUUCAAAGUUGGUCUUUCUUUUUUGGUUGUGGUUUUGUUUGUUUGUUUGUUGUGAGUUUUUUGCUUUUGGGGCGUGUGGGGUGUGCAUGUGUGUAUGUGUGCAUGUGUGCAUGCACAUGUGUUAUUAUGUGGGGUUUUUUUAAUGCAGCAGAUCACCUAUUUUCCUGAAUUGAAUGCUUAUUUUCUACUAGAUGGUAUACUGGAUGCCAGCUUGCAACCUUUAUCUAAAAUAUGUUGCACAUCCAGGGAUGUAAGGAUUGUAAAAAUUUGACUGGAAGGAAUAAACACAGGAAAUUUUGUAAAUACACAGCAGUAAAAGAAUAAAAAGCAAAAUACAUUUUAAUAUGGAAGUUAAAUAUGCACCACAACUAUUUUUCUGGAAAGAAUAGCAUGAGGUCAACCCGUUGCAAUUUUAUAGUUGCAAAGAACAUAAAGAAGAAAAAUUUGUCAUAAAUUCACCAUUCAGCAUGUAUAUAGAUAAGUGAAAGGAACUCUAAAGUAAAGUAGAGAGCACCCUCUCUCUUAAAAAGCUGAAUGCAGAAGUUCUCUGCCUCUGUUGUUGCAUUAAAACAUUAAUGCAAAGUUAUUAGUAUGUACAAGUUCAAGUUAAAUAAACACCUACACAUGUGCUUAUGUUAUAUUCCCUUGGGUGGUCCUGUGAAACUAUUCAUGCUAACAGAGUUAAGCAUGUGUACUCACAGGAAGAGAGUCUGAGAUCUGAUAAAUAAAUCCUAUUAUGUAAUAUCUGAUAAAGUUGUUUUUACACCAGUAUCAAGCUUAGGGAAAAAGGAAUGCACAUUACUGGGCCAGAUCUGAGUUCACUACUGUCCUGUCAUAACUGACUAGAGCUAGAUACUUAAGAGAAAUUUAUAGGUACACCAUAAUGGGAGAUAUGGGAUUAUUUUUGCUCACAGUAGCCUUAUAUCUCCUUAAGUUAUUGACUCCAAAGCCUCUCCAAGUCAGCAAAUUCCACAAUCCACAGUGGGUUGUUUCUUUUAUUAAAAAAAAAAAAAAAAAAAAAAAAGCUAAUAGAAAACAGAAACUUCCUUGUAGCCACUCUCUCAUCUGUAAGAUGAUGCCCCCAUGCUUUUCUGUUAAUAGGCUGUGUAGUCAUUCCAAACUUAAUAUAUCUGUUGUAAUUGCCCUGACACAAUUAGCAUGGCACAUUAGUGUGCCUACUUUCUCAACAUAUUUUUAUUUAAUCAUUUCUCAUACAAGCUUUUUUUUUGUAUUCUCACUCUUUUCCUUGUCCUAAAUUUGCAGCAUUCGUUCUUAAAUGGAGUUUUUAGUGUCAUAUGCUGUUUCAAAAAUAAGCUACAGAACUUAGAAUCAUAGAAUUAUAGAUUUUUAAGGGCUUGGAAAGGACAUUAAAGAUCAUCUAGUCCCAACCACCCUGCCAUGGGCAGGGACAAUUCCCACAAGACCAGCUUUCUGAAGGCCUUGUCCAACCAGUACCUAGGCUGGGGCAACCACAGCCUCCCUGGGCAACCAGGGGUUAGACACCAUUCUAAUGUCUAACCACUCUCAGAGAAAAAUUUCAUCAUAUUAUGAAACUUAAAUUUCCCCUCUUUCAGUUUGUACCCCUUACUUAUUGUCCUGUCACUGCAGUUCCUGAUGAAGGAACUCUCCUCUUUCCUGUCAGAUACUGGAACGUUGCUAUGAGGUCUCACAUAACCUCCUCUUCUUCAAUAUUCCUUCCUUCUUGUGUAGUGAUACAGUUUUUCAUUAUUUCUGGCUUAUUAAAUUUGUCUAGGCUGCAAAUUCAGCUGUGUAGUGAUGGUUCAGGUCCAUUUUCUUUGCAGUAUCAUUGAAUAUCAUGUGUUUUAGCAAGGCACCUUAUUUUCUAUAUAUGAACAUCCAGCUUCCUUUGAAACGUGCUUAUCUGCCUCCUAGCAUCUCAGAACUGGAAGGAAGCCGGUCAAGGUUCAGUACUGGCUGAAGUGUAACUUGCAAAUUUAACCAAAACCUUUUAAACCGGAAUUCAGUUUAAGAGCGUCCAAGUAAGAGCUCAGGUUGCGCUGUUGCCUGCGCCUGUUUUCCAUUUCCACGGGCGGCGGCCGCGCCGCUCCGCCUCAGGCGGUGCCGGGGCUGGGUGGCACCGCGGUCCCCGGGCCCUUGGCAUCGCCAGCCUCGGCACUGUGCCUCGCCUCUUUCGCCAUCUGCCCUGUAACUUUCCACAACUGCUUGGCUUUGGCCGUUUGGUUUUGGUCUGUUUUUUUUUCUCUCGUGUUUUGAAACGUGUGGCAUGGUGUUAGAAGACUUUAGGAGUUUGGACAACCGCUGUGAAGCGCGGGAGGGAAAGAACGAACGCGGGGGCGACCCCCUCCCGGUGAGGCAGCAGCCGACUCCAGAGCUCGCAGCACCCGGCAGCAGCGCGGCCGCUUCCAGCCCCCCGCCCUCACACCGCCCCGGCGUUUUCCUUCCGCAGGACGCGCCGCCAGGUUCCCCGCGCGCAGCGCCCCGCGCAUGCGCCGUGGCCGCGCAGGGCGCGCCCCGGCGGCGCCCCGGCUGGGAGCGGGGUCUGUGCGCGUGCGCCGUGGACGCUGCGCGUGCGCGUUGGGACCGGCGGCGGGCGCUCCGGGAAGGCCGCGCGUGUGUCUGUCCGUCCGUCCGUCCGUCCGUCCGUCUGGGAGUGUGCGGUCCCGCCGGCUCCAGCCCUCAGCCUUCCCUCCCGGGGCAGACCUGCUGCCCGCUGCCGCCGCGGCACGGGGGAGGCGGGGGAGCGGCGCGAGGAGCCGCCAGGAUGAAGCUGGUGAGGAAGGACCUGGAGAAGGAUAAUGCGGGGCAGGUGACGCUGAUCCCCGAGGAACCUGAGGACAUGUGGCACACUUACAACCUGCUGCAGGUGGGUGACAGCCUGCGCGCCUCCACCAUCCGCAAGGUUCAGACCGAAUCGUCCACGGGCAGCGUGGGCAGCAAUCGCAUCCGCACCACCCUCACCCUCUGCGUGGAGACCAUCGACUUCGACUCGCAGGCCUGCCAGCUGCGAGUCAAGGGCACGAACAUCCAAGAGAACGAGUAUGUGAAGAUGGGCGCCUACCACACCAUCGAGCUGGAGCCCAACCGGCAGUUCACCCUGGCGAAGAAGCAGUGGGACAGCGUGGUGCUGGAGCGCAUCGAGCAGGCCUGCGACCCGGCCUGGAGCGCCGAUGUGGCGGCUGUGGUCAUGCAGGAGGGGCUGGCUCACGUCUGCCUGGUCACCCCCAGCAUGACGCUUACUCGUGCCAAGGUGGAGGUGAACAUCCCGCGCAAGAGGAAAGGGAACUGUAGUCAGCACGACCGGGCGCUGGAGAGGUUUUACGAGCAGGUGGUGCAAGCCAUCCAGAGGCAUAUCAACUUUGAGGUGGUGAAGUGUGUACUGGUGGCUAGCCCAGGCUUCGUGCGGGAGCAGUUUUGUGACUACAUGUUCCAGCAGGCAGUCAAGACUGACAACAAACUUCUGCUGGAGAACAGGUCCAAGUUCCUACAGGUCCACUCUUCCUCAGGACAUAAAUACGCACUGAAGGAAGCACUCUGCGACCCAGCUGUAACUAGCCGUCUUUCUGACACUAAGGCAGCUGGUGAGGUGAAAGCCUUAGAUGACUUCUAUAAAAUGCUGCAGCACGAGCCUGACCGGGCUUUUUAUGGCCUGAAGCACGUGGAAAAGGCCAAUGAAGCCAUGGCCAUUGAUACCCUGCUGAUCAGUGAUGAGCUUUUUCGACACCAGGAUGUGGCUACGCGAGCCCGAUAUGUUAAAUUGGUAGAUAGUGUACGGGAGAACAUGGGCACAGUACGCAUUUUCUCUAGCCUCCAUGUGUCUGGAGAGCAGCUGGGCCAGCUGACAGGGGUGGCAGCUAUCCUGCGCUUUCCUGUUGCUGAGCUCUCUGACCAGGAAGACGAAUCUAGCUCUGAAGAGGAUUGAUACAUGACUUCAUUCCAUGUCAUGUUGAAAUGACAUUAAAUUUACUCCCAGCCUGAGUACUGUGUUCGGAUGUAUCAUGAUGUGUAGCUAAGAAUAUUAUUUUCCUCAGCACACUAAUUGAUACCUGAUCUAUGGUAAUAAUUAUUGGUAUGCUGUGCUGAGCUGACUGUUUUUGCAGUUCUGGACCACCAGCAGUACAAGAAACUAAUUUGUCUCCCCAGUGCUGCUUAGUCUGCAUGUUAAGGCAGACUGCUAGCUUAGUGAAAUGUCUGGGAAAAAAAUAGUAAACUAAAAGGAAGAAAUUCACAUUAGACUAUUUCUGUUCAAGUGCUUGAAAAGACUAUUGCAGAACAAGUGUAACCUUCUUGGAAGACCUGUCAAAACUGCUUGGUUGUAAUAAGAACUCCCUGUUCUUCCUAAGGUGUGUCAAAGAAUGGGGUCACUAUCAUCUCUUAGGGCUUUGAAUGAUAAUGUAAGUCUAACCAUUUAAAUAUUUCUGUGAAACACUUGAAUCAGUCUUUCAGCAGCCAGAUCCUUUAGGUUAACAUUUCUUUGCUGACAUGAUAGUAGAUGCAGGACAAAUGGUGAAUCUCAGUGCAACCAUUUAGUUAUCUUUGAAUGCUGUUACCUUGGGAGAUUGUUCUGAAGACUGAAAAGGUGUCAUUAACUGUAUUCUGCUAAAUUGGCAUUAUUUAGCACACAGUUUUGAGAAAAUACAGGAAAAAACUUAAAAAAUCAGGACUCUAGCUUCCACAAUGAAUCUUUUGAUAGCAAAUAGUUAAGGUAAAUUCAUAAUCUGAUAUUCUAUUUGCAUAUCUCUUCAAAAACAAACAAAAACUGUGAUACAGAAAAAAAAUUACAAAAUUAUAAAUCAAACUUCAGCUCAAGAUAGUGGCAACUGUAAAAGUAAAAAUUACUUUUUCAAUUAUUUGAUCGCCUCCAAGUUCUGAGACCCAAAAAGAGUUUUGUUUCUUCACUGGGCAGUAUAUCUUAGAUUGAAGAAGCAAAAACUGCUUUCAGAUUCAGGCAUAACCUGUGGUUGUAUUGUUUCAAACCAAGGUUUGAUGGUGUGGCUUGUGUGUGUAAAUAGGCAAUACUUUUUUAAGCAUGAUGGAAAGUGAGAAUAGGUACCACAGAAGAGUUUUGUAAUAUGGAAAGUGUCGUAAGAAUGGAACAUUAAAAAAUAAAACCUUUGAAACUCCUAGCUUGGCUACAAUAGUUUUAGGAAAAUCAUUUUUAAGGGUAAUCCUCUAUGUUCAUGGGUGCCAAUCCUCUGAAUUUAAUACUAUCUAUUGGUAGCUGAGACAUCAGUCUAAACUUCUUGAUAGAGAAGUACUUUUGAAUUAAUGCCAUCUCCCCUUUUCUACAUCAUCCACACAGUCUAAAAAAUUCUAACUUAUGUUAGAGCUGUAACACUUCAAUUCUUGUUAUGUUGAAGACAGAGUGUCUCAAUGGGCUUGAGACACUUGUUUACAGUCAGCUUGCACUUCUAAAUUACGUUACUUGAGCUUUACAUUUUUGCCUUAAAUGGUGUUGGGUGCCACAAGUCAUAGAAUGCUCAGGUAGGCUUUAUUUAGACUGCUUAAAUUAAUUUAUUUUUUUUUUAAAUUUGCCUAUAUUUAUUAUACACUUCUUUAGCUAGAAAGCACCUUGACUCCUUGAUUCUAGUUUAAUGUAGACAUAGAAAGCAGAAGAAAUUGAUCAGGAAAUAUUAAUUAUAUACAGCAAAUUAGGGCCUGAAAAAAAACUCAUAUCUAAAUAAGUCAUUAAUUUCUCCAAGCUUUAUAACAUUGGAUGGUAAAGUAGUAUAGUGUCUUCAAGUAAUGCCUAUUUCUUGCAGUUGUACACAAGUGACAUAUUCUAAUUUAUAGUACACCAGAAAUUCCUAGUUUUUCUCAGCAAACUCUCUGAGAGACAAAUCAAGCUGUUCUUUGGUUCUGAGAUAGAUUGCUAUUUUAUCAGACCAGAUUGGUUACAAUUAUUCCAUUGUAAACCAGACGUUAUGAAGAGUUUUUGCUGUGUACUACAUGAUUACAAUGAUGAUUUUGUGUUUUGUGCCUGUAGUCACCAUCAAGGAAAAGAAGUGGCCAUUUUGUUGCAUUUUUUUUGUUUCAUCUGCUGAGAAAAUGUGACGGUAGUGAUUCUUUCGAUUCCUUGAAUUAUUUACACUUAGAAUUAAAAUUCUGCAAUGACUUUA